ACAACAUUUUCUCACCUCUUUCUUUUCCUUAAAACCCUCUUCUCUUCACUCCCCAAGAAAACUGAUACACAUAUACAUACAAACACACUAAAACAAACUCACUUUCAAAUCACUUUCGAUCUUCUUUUUAGUGGGCAGUUCAUUUUUCGUUCGUUAGAUUCACAAAAAAACAAAAAGAUUUGAUCUUUUCUCAGCAAAGAAUGGGAGCUAAGUGCUCCAGAUUAUCACUCUGUUGGUGGCCAUCUAAUCUCAAAUCAAAUCUCAACGAUAUUUCUGACCUUGACAAUGGUGAGCUGCUUCCUGGGUUUAAGGAGUUCAGUUUAGAGCAACUUAGAGCUGCUACUUGUGGCUUUAACAGUGAUAAUAUAGUGUCUGAACAUGGUGAGAAGGCUCCAAAUGUGGUUUAUAAAGGCAGAUUUCAAGAUGAUGAUCGUUGGAUUGCUAUCAAAAGAUUUAAUAAGUCUGCUUGGCCUGAUUCUCGCCAGUUUCUUGAUGAAGCUAGAGCUGUAGGGCAGUUGAGAAAUGAGAGAUUGGCUAAUUUGAUUGGGUGUUGCUGUGAAGGUGAUGAGAGAUUGUUGGUGUCUGAGUUUAUGCCUAAUGAGACUCUCUCUAAGCAUCUUUUUCAUUGGGAAAACCAGCCUAUGAAAUGGGCAAUGAGACUGAGAGUGGCUAUCUAUCUGGCUCAAGCCUUGGAAUAUUGUAGCAGCAAAGGAAGGGCAUUGUAUCAUGACCUUAAUGCAUAUAGAAUUUUGUUUGACCAGGAUGGUAAUCCAAGGCUUUCCUGCUACGGCCUAAUGAAGAAUAGCCGGGACGGCAAGAGUUAUAGCACAAACUUGGCUUUCACCCCACCUGAGUACUUGAGAACUGGAAGAGUCAUACCAGAGAGCGUGGUUUACAGCUUUGGCACACUAUUGCUUGAUCUUCUGAGUGGCAAACACAUACCCCCAAGCCAUGCACUUGAUCUCAUACGCGGAAAGAAUUUUUUGAUGCUGAUGGACUCAUGUUUGGAGGGUCAUUUUUCAAAUGAUGAUGGAACUGAAUUAGUGCGAUUAGCUUCACGCUGUUUACAAUACGAACCUCGUGAGAGGCCAAAUGCAAAGACUCUUGUCAUUUCUCUUACUCCCCUUCAAAAGGAAACGGAGGUCCCAUCGCAUGUUUUGAUGGGUAUUCCACAUGGAGCUCCAUCCACAAAGCCGACAAUAUCAUUGACGCCUCUAGGUGAAGCUUGUUCGAGAUUGGAUCUUACUGCAAUACAUGAGAUUCUCGACAAGGUCGGAUAUAAAGAUGACGAAGGAAUUGCAAAUGAGCUAUCCUUCCAAAUGUGGACAGAUCAAAUACAGGAAACACUUAACUGUAAGAAACGCGGAGAUGCUGCAUUUCGAACUAAAGACUUUGCUACAGCCAUUGAUAAUUAUACACAAUUUAUCGAUGGCGGGACUAUGAUAUCACCAACCGUAUUUGCAAGACGGUGCUUGUGCUACUUGAUAAGUGAGAUGCCACAGCAAGCACUUGGAGAUGCAAUGCAAGCUCAAGCAGUAUCUCCUGACUGGCCCACUGCGUUUUAUCUGCAAGCGGCUGCACUCUUCAGCCUUGGGAUGGACAGUGAUGCACAAGAAACUCUAAAAGAUGGCACCACCUUGGAAGCUCAAAAACAUAAGAAUUGAAGUCUGCAAGUGUAUAGUUCUUUAAAAUGAAAAAAAGAAAAGAAAAAAAGAAUUAUUUAUUUGUUUAAAUACUUAUUGUAUCCAUCUUUGCUUAUUUAUCUGGCAUUUUGAGUUUUUGCA